AUGACAUUGUGUAUGAAGAAGAGAAUGUGAAAAAAAAGGAAGGGUACUAUAUGAAAGAGUUAUGUAGUAACUCUGAUUCUAAUAAUGAUAUAUGUUCUGAGCCACAUAGUGACUCAAAGUUUGAUGAUGGGACAAGAUCUGAGGGAUCAAGCCCUGCACAAAGAAGAAGAAAUGCCAGACAAGAUGAUAGAAAAAUAGAAAGUGAAGGUGAGCGUACAGAGAAAGUGGCAUUAAUCGAGAAACUUCCAAUGCUGAUGGAGACAACACAAGAACAAAGGAUAGAAGAGAAGAUCGAAAUGCUAAAAACAGAUAACGAAUUAAACG